AAAAAAGUAAAAGAGAAAAAAUAGAAAUAAAAUAAAAAAUCCUUUUCUUGUUUCCCUCUUUUCUCUUUCUCUCGGUUGCUUCUUUUUCUUUUGUCCCUUAUCAACAACACAAAACACUCGCUCCCCCCCCUCUCUAUACACAUAUAUGUGUAUAUAUCUUUUAUAAUUCUUCAUUGAAGAAUCACCGCAAGAAGACGGCAAGAAUAAAAAAGAAGAAACAAUUUUUCAAUUUUUAUUUUGGAAACCCUAACCCUAGUUUUCUGGUUGUGCUGCGGGCGGGGUGUGGGUUAAUUUUAGGAUCUUAAUUCGAUUGGGUUGUUUAAGAAUUUUUUAUUAUUUUUGAGUUUUUGGUUUUGUUCUUUCUGGUUUGGUUUGAUUUUGGUGGAAAUUGUUGAUUUUAUGUGUGUGAUGCAAAUAAAGAGAAAAAGAGAGGAACGAAUUGAUGCCGCCAGAGCCAUUGCCUUGGGAUCGGAAGGACUUCUUCAAGGAGAGGAGGCACGAUCGGUCAGAAGUGUUGCCACGGUGGAGGGAGCCUGCAUCGCACCACCACUAUACUUCUUCUCGUUGGCUUCCUGAUUUUCGCUCUAGAGCCCCUCCUCCUGGUCAUGGUAAGCAGGGCAGUUGGCAAAUGUAUCCUGAAGAACUCGGACAUGGUUUCAUGACUUCUCGUUCGAACGAAAAGAUUGUUGAAGAUGAGAGCUGUCGGCAGUCUCGUGGUGAUGCUGGCAAGUAUGGAAGGAAUAGCAGCAGCAGCAGGGAAAAUAGGUCCUUUGGUCAGAGGGAUUGGAGAGGUGGUGGUGGUGCUCACUCUUGGGAAGCUGCAUCCCCCAGUGGUUCUGGUUCUGUAAGACAAAAUGAUGCUACAAAUAAUCAGAGGUCAUUGGAUGUUAUGGAGCCUCACUCUGAACAUGUUAAUACAUGUGAUCAGUCUCACUCUAGAGACCAGCACAAUAAGAGUGCUACUGCUAAUGCAACAGCAAGCACGGGGCAAAGAUUUGAGAGAGAGACCUCGCUGGGGUCAAUUGAAUGGAGACCACUCAAAUGGACUCGGUCUGGAAGUUUAUCAUCAAGGGGAUCAUUAAGUCAUUCUGGUAGCAUGGGAGUGGAUUCUAAUGAGACAAAGCCUGAGUUGCGGCUUGGAAACUCAAAAGCCGUUCAAUCUCUUACAGGGGAUGCAACUGCCUGUGUAACUUCUGCUGCCCCUUCUGAAGAGACAACUUCCAGGAAGAAGCCGCGCCUGGGUUGGGGAGAAGGACUGGCCAAGUACGAGAAGAAGAAAGUUGAAGGUCCUGAGGAUAAUGCUGUUAAGGUGGGAACUUCUAUCUCUGGUGAUAGUGUAGAACCUAGUCAUUCUCAGCUCUUGAACCAGGCAGAUAGAAGCCCAAGAGUUGCUGUUUUCCCAGAUUGUCAAUCUCCUGCAACUCCUUCGUCGGUUGCUUGUAGUUCUUCACCAGGUCUUGAGGAUAAACAACUAGUCAAGGCAACAAACAUUGAUCAGGAUGUUGGUAAUUUAUGUGGCUCACCCAACGUUGUCUCCCAAUAUUACUCUGAGGGAUCAGGUUUUAACUUAGAGAAUUGGGAUCUUGCUCAGAUUUCCAAUUUGAACUCUUCAAUCAAUAAACUGCUACAAUCAGAGGACCCAAGUUCUGUGGACUCUGGUUUUAUGAGAUCAACUGCAGUGAACAAGUUGCUAGUGUGGAAGAGUGAUAUUACUAAGGCCCUAGAAAAAACUGAAGCGGAGAUUGAUUCACUUGAGAAUGAACUGAAGACAUUGAUCUCUGGACCUAAAAAUACCCAGCUUGUUCCAUCUGCUUCCUGUUCUCCACCAAAAGAUUGCAAUGCAAAUUCUCAUGAAGAUCAAGGCGCUACUUCUAAUAUAGCUUCUGGACCUGCUCCUUUGGUAGUUGAUAUACCUGACGAUUUGGUUGGAGAGGAAGGGGCUAAUAUACAUGAAAAUGAGCAGACCGAGGUAAAAGUUGAGGACAUUGAUAGCCCUGGUAGUGCAACUUCAAAGUUUGUUGAAUUGCCCUCAGAGAAAGAUGUGGCACCUGUUGAUGCCUUGAAACAUGGUGGAAUAUUUAUUUCAGAUGACAGCAAGUCUAGAAGAUUGAAUGUCAAUAUGUGCAGUUUCACGGAGGAGAGCGCUAAAUCUAGAAGUUCAGAUGUAAAACUGUGCAGCUUUAACGAGGAAAAAGCAAGGGACACACUUGUUUGCUGGGAGCGCUCCCAGCCAACUGCCGGUUAUUCUUAUUCUGCUUCCAAUGGCAUUUUGAAUGGUGGAGAAGAUGCUUUAUAUAAUUUGAUAUUAGCUGCCAACAAAGAUUCUGCACGGAGAGCAUUUGAAGUAUUUAAGAACCUACUGCCUGCCAGCAAAUGCAGUUUUGAUUUUUCAAGAACUGUCAGAGUCUCUUUGUUGCAAAUCGAUCAUGCGGUUGAAGAAAGAUUUGCUAAGAGAAAGCAGUUUCAACAGUUCAAAGAAAAGAUAAUUGCCUUAAAGUUUAGGGUACAUCAGCACCUUUGGAAGGAAGAUAUUCGCAUGCUUUCUGUAAGGAGGUUUCGUGCAAAGUCUCAGAAGAAGUUUGACUUGAGCCUGCGCCCUGUGCAGAUAGGACAUCAAAAACACCGUGCUACAGUUCGUUCACGAUUUUCUACCACUGUUGGAAACUUAAGUCUGGUGCCCUCAUCAGAAAUAUUGAACUUCGCAAGCAGGCUACUCUCAGAACUUGGGGCAAAGGUCUACAGGAACACAUUAAGGAUGCCUGCUUUAAUUUUAGAUCAGAAGGAGAGGAUGAUGACAAGGUUCAUUUCAAAGAAUAGUCUGGUGGAAGAUCCCUGCGCUGUUGAGGAAGAAAGAGGUCUGAUCAAUCCAUGGACAUCUAAGGAGAGAGAAAUUUUUAUUGAAAAGCUUGCUACCUUUGGGAAAGACUUCAGGAAGAUAGCUUCUUUUCUUGAUCACAAAACAACUGCUGAUUGCAUAGAGUUCUAUUACAAGAAUCACAAAUCAGAUUGUUUUGAGAGAACAAGAAGGAAACCAGAUUAUUCUAAACAAGCGAAAGUUUGUUCUGCAAAUAGGUACCUUGUUGCUUCUUCUGGGAAAAGAUGGAACCGUGAGGCUAAUUCUGCUUCUCUCGAUAUCUUAGGUGCUGCAUCAGCAAUUGCAGCUAAUGUGGAGGACAGUAUUGAAAUUCAGCCUAAGGGUACGUCAAAGUACACCGUUCGAAUGAUCACUGAAUACAAGGCGUCCAGACUUAAUGAGUUAGAGAGGUCAAACAGUCUUGAUGUAUGCCAUAGUGAAAGAGAAACAGUGGCUGUUGAUGUUUUGGCUGGUAUCUGUGGUUCCUUAUCAUCAGAAGCUAUGAGUUCUUGCAUUACAAGUUCAGUUGAUCCUGGAGAAGGAAACCAGGAAUGGAAGCACCAGAAAGUGGGUUCGUCGACCAGAUUGCCCCGGACUCCAGAGGUUACCCAGAGUAUGGAUGAUGAAACCUGUUCAGAUGAGAGCUGUGGGGAGAUGGAUCCUACUGAUUGGACAGAUGAAGAGAAAUCAGCCUUCAUCCAGGCUGUGUCAGCUUAUGGAAAAGAUUUUAUUAUGGUCUCAAGACGUGUCGGAACGAGAUCCCGUGAUCAGUGCAAGAUCUUCUUUAGCAAGGCUAGGAAGUGUCUUGGACUAGAUAAGAUUCUUCCUGUACCUGGCAAUUUGGAGAGGCAGGAUGUUAACGGUGGAAGUGAUCCUGAUGCUUGUUCUAUGGAGACUAAGCUGUUGUGUAAUGGAAAAUCAAGUUUGAUGUUGGAAGACGUAUCUGAUUUAUGUAUGAAGGUGGGGAUUUCAAAUCACAAUUUGACCAGUUCUGAUGAAAAAGAUGGGGCUGGAGAACUGGAUUCUGUAGAUAUUCUUCAGGUAAACUGUGAUGUAGAUAAGCAAGAGGUGGAAUUUAACAGGGAUUGUGAUCAGAUUGGUGCUUGUAUUGGAAAUGGUCGAGGGGAUGAGAAUAUGGUUAUAGUUUCUCAGGAAGGUGUUGAAAUUGGUGGAGAUGCCUCGGAGAAUGGCCUGCCUGACAUACCGUGUCCGAAUGAAGUUUCUGCUGAGCAUUUAGGUGAAGAAAUUUCUUCGCCUGAGCAUGAUUUGAAAGAUAGAAAGGCAGAAAUAGCGGAAGUAGGUAGGUCAAACUGCUCUUUGGAAGAUAGAAAGCCCAAUAUGGUGUUGUCGGGAAAUAAUUCUGGUCUUGCUGCUCCUAGGGGAGGGGGAUUGUGCCCUCUUAAUGGAUUCCAGAAUAUAACUCAUUUGGAAUCUGAUUCUGAGUGUAAGCUUUACUUGGAAAGCAAUAUUUCAGUUCAGAGUAAACAGAUGCCUGAAGGUGCUAAUGCUGAUAAAUUAUCAGAAGAACUUGAGAAUGUUUGUGAUGAGCAGUGUGAGAAUGCUACUCAGUCGGCUGAGCUGCCUUUGCCGAGCCAUUCCCUGUUGGCCCAGGUUGAAUCCUGCCAGAUUCUUGGCAGCUAUUCAGUGGGGGAGUCUGCUCUCACACAGUUUGGAGAUCCUGGCUGCAGAACAUCAGCUGCAUUGCAAGAAAUCCAGAAGGUAGGUAGGAAUCUACAGUUAGAUACAUUUUCUACAACUGGUUGCUUUCUCCAGAAGUGCAAUGGUACAAAUCGUGGUGGUGGUUCUGUUUCUGAUGUUCAGAUUCCUAACCGAGAACAGACAGCAGGUAGUUCAUCAAACUUGGAGAAACAUUGUAGGAAUGGUGAUGUAAAAUUGUUCGGACAGAUUCUCAGUAAACCAUGCCCUCAGGCAAAUCCCAGUUCCAAUGCACAUCGCAGUGAUGGUAGCAAUCAGCAGUUGAAAAUUGGUAGCGAUUCCUUUAGUGCAAGUCAUAUAUUAGAUGGCAAUUCAGCCACUGCCAAAUUUGAGCGUAAUAACUUCCCGUGUUCGGAGACUCAUCAAUUGAGAAGUUUUGGUUUUUGGGAUGGGAAUAGAAUACAGACAGGGUUUUCUUCGUUGCCCGACUCUGCUAUCCUCCUGGCAAAAUAUCCUGCAGCAUUUGGUAAUUAUGGAAUAUCUUCCACCAAAAUGGAACAGCCUACUUUGCAUGGGGCUGUGAAGAUGGCUGAGCGGAAUUUGAAUGGUGUCCCUGGGUUUCCAACAAAUGCAAGUGGCAACAAUGGAGUAGCAGCAGCAGAUUAUCAAGUGUACAGAAAUCGAGAUGUGCAGCCUUUUACUAUAGAAAUGAAACAGAGGCAAGAGGCGUUCUCUGAGAUGCAAAGAAAAAAUGGGUUUGAUGUUGUGUCUGGUGUGCAGCAACAAGCGAGGGGUGUGCUUGUUGGAAGAGGAGGGAUUCUGCAGUGCACUGGUGUCUCUGAUCCGGUGGCUGCCAUCAAAAUGCAUUAUGCCAAGGCUGAACAAUUUAGUGGGCAAACGGCAAGCAUCAUCAGAGAGGAUGAUUCUUGGAGAAGUAAAGGGGACGUCAGCAGGUAGUUGAUUGCAAGGGAGGCCAGUCUAUGGUCUCCGUGGCAUCUCUUUUUGCCACAAUGUACAAUAGUUUUUGUAAGUUUAAUCCAGGAAACCAUAGGGCAGUAGAUGGUUACAGUUGUUGCCGUCUUUUUGGUUACAGAUUUCUAGGUGUCUCUAAUAUUUGCCAGUAGCUUUGUGUUUGUUGUAUUUGAUGGAAAUACAGCAAUAAUAUUUAUCAAGAGUUUGGGAGGUGAA